UUCAAGUGUUUUUUAGAAAAAGCAAUGGAUUUCACGAAACUUUUAGAUGAUACCAGAGUACUUCUCAAUGAUUGCGUUGCUGACGAGCGUGAAAAUAUUACUUUUGCGGGUCGACGUAGUCUUUUGAGUAACACAACAGUUGGUUUUGAUCAUACGUUUUUAUCAGCCAAGAGGCAGACAAUGAACGAAACCACAUUUGUUGCUAAUGAGCACUCAGGAAAUACUAUGGCCCUAAGAAGUUGCCAAAAUUUUGCCGAAAUUAUGAAAGAUAAUGAGAUGCUGUCUACAAUGGACAAAAUUGAGAAAUUUAUUGACUUUCUCACUUUUGAGCUUUCGAUAGUUAAAGAAUCCGAUCGCAGUUUACCCUCAAAUCUUUUUCUACAGCUUGAGUUGAAUACUUGGAAAUUGUUACUUUUCCUUUCCCAAACCCGAUUAAUGGAUGAAAACGAAAAUAUUGAUGUUCAAAAAAUUCUUGAAAGUAAUUAUAGCCACAAAGUAAUAAGCAACGCGCUUAAUAGCUCAAAGCAAGAACUGAAAGAAGUUGGAACUCUGAUUCACUGGCUAGAAUCGAUCUAUGCGAAGCCAUCAAUUGCGCCUCCAGUCGGAUUCACUUACCUGGAAGAUACUAUUCAUGAGUUGGCCGCUAAAUCGAAAAAGGGAGAAUCACAAUACCACGUAGAUAUUGAGUUUGACCCGAAUCUGAAAGUAGGUGCAGGUGAUAGAAGCAACGUUGACGCUUUUAUGCGCUUUGCUUUUUCGCUAAUUCGUAGCGGUAAAUUUUCCGAUAUGGAGCAGUUUGCCAUCAAAAUGGGGUUCACGUGGCUUCUACCUGUACUAGAGGGUAGUAAAUUAUUUGAUGACCCUAAUUACAAAAGAUUUGCGACCAGCAACGAGGAGAAAAGUCCUUCAGGUAACAAAAAUAGACAUCUUUGGAGGCAAGUUGUUACUGAAAUAGUCAAAAAUCCGUCCAUCAAUAGCUUCGAAAAAGCUAUUUAUGCUUAUUGCAGUGGAAAUAUAGAUGCCCUUUUAGUAGUUGCUAAAACUUGGGAAGAUAAGCUUUGGAGUUACUUAGUUUGUCUCAAAUCAGCGGUCGAAAAUUACAACAUUUCUCUCUACGCUGCUGAAAAUCAAGAUACAAUGCUUGAAGAGCCCGAAAUUGAUUUCCGGGAUAUUUUCAUGAAAGUUGAUGCUGUCGAGGAAACACGGGAAAAACAUGAAUUGAGGUCAUUUUUCCGUGGUUUGCAAGCUUGUGUAAUCUUAAAUAGUUUGGAUACUUCUCUUGUUGCAAAACUAGAGAAUCUAGAAUGCUCUGAAGAAUCUAUGUCUCUUCUUUGGAAUCGGUUUAGUGCUACCUUCUGCAUUGUGGUAUCGCAGUUGUUCAGCACUUCACUUGAAGAUACAAUUGAUCGGUUUGUGACUAAUUUAGGCGCCUUUUUAGUGACGUCAUCUCAGUUCAUGACAAUUAUGCCAUUUUUGAAAUAUACAGCCGACCCUGAAAGUGUAUGUCUUAAGUUGCUCGUAAAUUCGAAACUAGCAACUCAUAAUAGUUUUCUUAAUGAGCUUGAAAAAGAUGGUUUCGAUACUUGUGCGAUACGAAAGCAAUUAAUAGAGCACUAUCAAGGCAAUUAUCAUCCUCAAGAAAACGAAGUUGAAGAAAUAAAUAACGAAGAGGUAUUACUCAUUGAUUCGACGCUGAAACUUCGAAAGGGUUCCGAAAACCCGAUUGAAUUUUUAUGCGCCGUGAACUCUCUUGGUAGAAAAUUUCUUGGAAUGAAAAGAUACCAAGCGGCCCAUAAAUUGCUGUCGGAAGUUCCGAGAUCGAUAAUAGAAGAAACUCUUGCAUUUUACAAAAAUGUCUCUAUGUCUGUCCAAUCAGUGGUUGAACUGCCCAAUCGGGAGUCAAAUAUUCUGCACGAGUUUCUCGACUUAAGAAAUGUUGCGCUUAUGAUCCUCGAUUUGGAUCAAAUUAGAAACGCUUUCAAUCGCAGUACCCUUGAAAACGGAGAAAUUAGUUUAAAUAUAGACCACGAAACAACAAGAGAUCUUAUUGCGGUUAUUGAAAAAGUUUACCAGACUUUGAGUUUGGAGAAAGGAUGGCUUUUGGAUGAAUUUGACUUAGAACGGACUAACGACUCAUACUUUACGGACAUGCGAACAAGACAAAUUCAACUCGUUCGUUCAAUUGCAAUUCCGGAUAUAGUUAUAAAGUCGCUAAAAUUGUUGAAAGAUCACAAUCUGUUCAGCAUUGUGCAAAGUUUGAUGGUUUGCUUGAUGAGCGAAGAGAAUAAAUUGAUCGAACUUUUCAGCCCUGAAACUCUGGAAAUUGUGAACGAAGUUGUGCUUGAUGUCGAUAUAAUAGAAGAUGUUUUGAUCAGUCAUUAAUAUAUGCGUGUAUUAAUUAAAGUAACUUGUUGUUUUGGAUUUGUUGAGUUGAUUAUCUGCCAAUUUAUCAAU